AUGUACGGGCCUCCAGAAGGCGAGAAAAUUGCGCGAGACGCUUUCCUCUUCGGUUUGAUAUCGUUUAUUUUAGUUGGAAACACACUCAUCAUAUUAGCAUACAAGAAAACUCUCAGGCUACGUACAAGUUCGAAUAUCUUCAUAGUAAGUCUAGCGGUAUCCGACUUGCUCAUCGGUGCAAUAGCUGUGCCUCUUUAUCUUGUAACGCUGAGGGAAGGCUAUUCCGUCAACCAUCUGCUGACCAAGACAUUCAUGUCCUUGGAUAUCUUCAGCGGCACCGCGUCUGUUUUUCAUUUGAUGUCAGUGACGGUGGACAAAUACAUCGCCAUCUCUAAACCUUUCUUGCACCACCGUCUUCCUUUGAAGUCCUAUCAUUUUACUCUAGGAGUUGUCUGGGUUUUGUCCAUCUUGCUCUCCUCUCUUCAUUUCGCACUAACUCCCCGCAUCAGCAAAAACUUUCCUCUGUACACCCUCUCGACUGUGUUCCUCUUAGCGCUGUUCGUCAUUUCUCUUGUAAACGCUCUCAUUUUCAAGAUCACCAAGUCUUUGAUUCACAGCAAUGUGGAACCAGCGGGAGAAGCAAAUGUAACUAGGGCCAAUGAGAGGAGGAAAAUUCGACGCGAGAUAAAAACGGCUUCGACGCUAUUAGUGAUCAGUGGCGUGUUCUUCAUAACUUGGCUCCCCCACUUAUUGGGUGCGUUCGUGUUUACGUAUUGUUUCCCUUGCAAUUUGGCCCUCGUAGAUAUAGGGCGUAUCGGAGCCUGCAUCAAGUGCCUGCAGUACAGUAACAGCGCCUUAAAUCCCUUUGUGUACGCCUUCCGCGAUGCCGAGAUGAGAAGAGCCAUAAGGAUUCUAAUAGGGUCCUGUCGGAAUCUGGUACAGCCACGCACAAGACCAUCGAUUGUCAUUUCAUCAUCACUGACACAGCCAAGAUAA